CACAAACAUCGUUAUCAAAGGUACGAGCAAGCCUCCCUCCAGGCACGAUAACGUUCUCCCCAAUUGCAGUCGCCUCCGGCCCCGGAUCGUCGCUGCUCACCGCUGGUCCUCGCCCUUCGAUUGCUUGAUUUGCUACCGUUGUUUUUGCUUUGCCGCGAUGCUUAGGCUAAUAAACGCGCUCAUCAAGAAGCCGGACAAUGUCAUCGAAGAGAUCGAGCGUCGCUCUUCGGCUUCAAGCGAGGGAGCCGUGAAGGCUGACCAUUUGGCUGUACUGGUUCAUGGGUAGGUUCCAGAGCUUGCGUGAGGGCUACUUGAAAUGAGGCACGCGACCAUUUUUUUGACCUUCUACUGCGAUGCCACAAUCUGCUGUUCAAGUCUCGCAACGAUCCGUGGGUGCCUGAUCACAUAGCAAAAAUUUUGAUUUGUUGACUUUUGACCGUGCUAGACUGUGGGGCUCGCCCUCGCAUUUGUGGUAUCUCACCUCCGCACUGCGCGACCGAUACCCGGAGGACAAGUUACAUAUCCUUGUUGCAAAGCGCAAUUCCGGAAGCUUCACCUACGACGGCAUCGAGUUAGGCGGCGAACGUGUGACACAAGAGAUCGAGCAGAAGCUGGAAGAGCUGGCACGAAAUGGGCAGCACAUCAAGAAGAUCAGCGUCAUAGGCUAUUCGCUGGGUGGGCUGGUGGCACGGUAUGCGAUCGGCUUGCUGCACAGCAAGGGUUGGUUUGAAAAGUUGGAGCCAGUCAACUUUACGACAUUCGCAACACCCCACCUAGGUGUUCGGACACCCUUGUUGGGCUAUCACAACCACCUGUGGAAUGUGCUGGGUGCUCGCCUCCUGUCCAUGAGCGGGAGACAGCUGUUCACGAUCGACUCCUUUCGGGAUACAGGCAGGCCGCUUCUCUCUGUGCUGGCGGAUCCAGACUCCAUCUUUAUUCAGGCACUGGCCAAGUUCAAGCACCGCAGCCUCUACUGCAACAUUGUGAACGACAGGACGGCCGUUUACUAUACGACCGGAAUAUCGAAGACCGAUCCCUUCGUGGACCUCAAGGGCAUCAAGGUCAACUAUCUAAAAGGCUAUGAACCAGUCAUUCUUGAUCCGGACAAUCCUGUCUCGCCAAAGGAGCCCGAAAUCCCCGCUACCUUUGGCCAGAGACUUGCCACGGGGGCUUCCGACUCGCUCUACAGGAUUCCGUUUGCGAUAUUCAUCGUUUUGUUCAUGGUCAUCGGUGUCCCUGCGUUCCUGAUGACGUCGGUCAUCCAGUCCUUCAGAAGCAGCAGGCGAAUACGCUUGCACCUCGAGGGCAAGGCGGGGAUAAGCGCGGAGCAGUACAAAGUGCCCUUGCUGGUUUCCAUGGUGCAGGAAGCGCGCCAGACCGCAGAGGACAUUUUCGAAAACGUGAAUCAAGCCCAGUCGCAAGAAUAUCUUCCAGCAUCGAGCGAGGAGGUCGCCUUAGAGGAUGGCUCAAUGAGCCCCACUACUAGUCCCGUCAUCUCUCCACGACACAAAUCAAACCGCUCCGUCUCGAGUGUAUCUGAAAAGGGUCUGGAGAGCGACGCUGCAGAUGCUCCUGCUGCCGUGGAGAUGCCGACACUGGCUCUCACGCCGAAGCAGUUCGCUAUGAUACAGGCCCUCGACGAUGUCGGCUUCAAGAAGUACCCCGUUUGGAUUCACGCCGCGCGACACAGUCACGCCGCGAUCAUAGUACGGAUGAACAGAGAGACCUUCCACGAAGGCAAACUCGUCGUCAAGCACUGGGUGAACGAGUUCGAGAUCUGAUGUCCUACCAUCCUCAAGUCCCCGACAAUACAAAAAAAAAAAAAAACAUCUGGGCUGGCUUUCUGCACGUGUACCCCAAAGCAUGGCGUGGGUGGAUACAGUGUUCAAGCGAGCAUUUUGGUGGCCAUGUCGCUUUCAUUUCAGCCGUUGCAAUGCCUCGACAGGCGUUUGCAACGGAAUCUUUUGCUGAACGUGUUGUUCUUCUCUCCUGCUUCGCUUUUCCACGUUUGAUGAGUUCAUGAGGUGUGUACGUGGCGGGCUUUUUUUUUUCUUUGCGUGCGGUGAGCGUUUAAAUAUCCUAGAUAGCGUUUCGACCUGAU